AGCCCACAAUGGGAAUCCGAUCCACCACAACCACCAUAUUGUUACAUGACAUAACCACCAGUCCACCCCCAAUACUCUUUAUUGGCAAUCAAUAAAUAAAUCAAGCACUCCCCAUUUCUCAAUCUACCAUGGCCUCCUCAAAACCCAGUGAUUUCCCGGGUACAAAAUUAAAAAUAAGACUUUCAUUGUCACGAUUCCAACAAUUCUCCUCGAUAUAGAGUCCGCACGCGUCCGCAGAUUGUCAGUUUUAUCUUCAGUUUGUUCUUCAUUUUAUUUAAUAUAUGAUGGAUCGGGCUGAGCAGCCGUCGACCGGAGAAUAUUCCGGUGAUGCUUCUGGCGCGGCCUCAUGGGAGAAUAUUGAGGAGUCUCCGCCGCUGCCGUUUCCCCAGAGAGUUCCGGAGUUCUCCCACGGAGAGCGUUUCCCGGGGAUGAGUUAUGAGCAUGGAUUGAUGAAUAAUGAGGCUUCCUUGAUGACUAAUGAGAAUUCCUCGUCGCUCAGAGAUGACGACAAGUCCUGCUUCAUUGCUUCUACCACGUUCUCGUUUCUUGUAGCCAUGACUGUGGCAUUUGGGCUGUAUGGAUCUGAGACACUGCGGCUUGGACCUAAUACAUCAAUAUUGAUAACACCCAACCAUUUGUUUGUGGAGUCUGUAAAGGUGGUAGAACUCGGUGCAGCCGAAGGAACAAAGCUAUAUGGAUUUUAUAGAAAUCCACCUCUUGAUGUUAGGGUUGAAUGGUCCGAGACUCACAAGAUCACUCUCCCUCCCAGUACCCACAAGGAAUGGAUAUACUAUUUGAAUGAACGGUCUCAAAUAAACAUAUCUUAUAGCGUGGAAUCCCUAAGUUCAUCCUCUAUUCUUCUUGUAAUUGCGGAAGGGAAUGAAGGUCUUGCUAAGUGGCUUACGGAUCCAUCAGAUCCAAGCACAACCUUAUCAUGGAGUAUAAUUCAUGGAAAUGGCUCAAUUCAGAAGGAUGUGUCUGAAUCUUCUACCUAUUACAUUGCAGUUGGUAACUUGAAUGCUGAUGUUGUCAAGGUUCAUUUGGAUAUGAGAAUAAAGGCUUUCGUUUACAAUACCACAGAACCAUAUUACACAUGCACGCCAGCAGAGGGCCAAUGUAAUUUCCGACUGUUUCUGCAAGGUGGAAAUGCCGCUGUUCUUACCUCUCCUGGUCGAACGCCUGGUAUGGUUGGUGCUGAUUGGUAUGUUAAACUCUCGUACGGACCUCGGUGGGUUAUAUACUUGUUCGGCACAGGUGGAUUGGCUUUUCUUCUGCUACUCAUUAAUUACUUUCUGAACCAUUUUCGACGCACUGAGCAAGACACGAGAAGAGAUCAGCUUGGGGAUGUUGAAUCUGAGAGAAACCCUUUGCUUUCACACAAAGAUGAUAAUCUCUCUAGUUCGGGUUCCUCUUAUGCCUCUGUCUCAGACGACGAUGAGCAUGAUGCACAAGGUGGAGCUGUGCAGAGUGGAAAGCCAGUUAAAGAUGAUGAAGAUAGUCGGCGUCUUUGUGCAAUUUGCUUUGAUGCUCCUAAAGAUUGUUUCUUCCUUCCAUGCGGGCACUGCGUGGCUUGUUUUGCAUGUGCAACAAGAAUAGUGGAAGCUUCUGGAGCUUGCCCUAUUUGCCGUCGACGAACCAAAAGGGUGAGAAAGAUAUACACAGUUUGAGCAGCACAGAAGUUCCCUGCAUCCUUGGCUAGUAUUUCUCAGUAUAUAUGUCUUGUACCUUCUAUUUCUUUCUUUGAGGGUCAAAUGUUGGAGAGUAUUGUAUAGAUAGCAGAAUUUCCUUUUCUUCUCCCCCAUGGCCUGAUCUUGGUACAGUAUGCUAUUGAAAUAUCGAAACAAAUGUGAGAGUGCUUGUAUAC